UUAGUCUUGUUGCUUUAACAAGUUUUGCUUUCAGCAUUCUCUGCUACUCGCGCUCUCAAACGGUCGACGAAUUUCUCUUUGCAAACAGUGAAUAUGGGGCAGAAAUUUGGUAAAGGAGUUGUGCAUCGGAGCGGUGUGUCCGAACAAUGUACACCAUCGACCGAUUGGGAAAGAGAUGAGGGUGAAUUAUUUUGGACGUGGAGAGCUAUUCCACCGAGUGCAAGUCAUGUUAGAAAUAAUUCGCCUGCGAAUCGUGCAAGUGCAGAAAAUGAUUUAUUUUGGUCUUUGGGAUCAAACAAAGAUCAAGAUGAGAGUUGUGAAGCAGAAGACAAGGAAGUCGACUUAUUCUGGACGUGGAGAACGACUCUGGAUGAGGAGAGACCUCCUGUUACUGAUGUAACGUUGGUCUCUGUCUCUGUGGCAGCCGAAGAUGAGAUGUCCGGACAGGGUUUCAUUCCAGAGAUCCUGGAAAAUCCGGAAACUCUCGACGGUGGCCCGGAGAUCCUCACCAGUCAGGAUCCACUCCCAGAUAUGGAGAAUCCAGUCUUUUCUGACUCUCAAAUGCAAUUUGGGUUGGAUUUGGACAGCGGUGAUGUUCAAAAUCCAGGCCCAAAUGAGGCAGACGGGGGUGCAGAAAUCCAGCAAUCUCAAUCAGUCGGUCAGUCUGAAGAGAAGCUGGAAGAUGAGGAGAUCUCUGGUGUGAUCUUUCAGGAGAUCAACUCCAGCAUGUAUAAGGUCGGUGAACUGCUGGCGGAAGACAGUUCAGUAUCUGUCUAUGAAGGAACCCGUGUGCAGGAUGACUUGAAGGUGCUAGUGAAAUACAUUAACACCAUGGAGCGGGUGGAUUAUAUCUUCAUCCCGGGUUAUCCUGCACCCCUUCCCCGUCAGGUGGGUCUUCACCUACUUGCAUGUCAGGGAGACGUCGUUCAUGAGAUUCUGCAGCUCGUGGACUGGCAGGAGUUUCCCGACCGCCUGGUCAUGGUGCUGGAGCGCCCUUCUCCUUGUGAGGGUUUAGACGAGUUUCUCGCCAGUAAAGGGGGAGAGCUUGAUGAGCUGUCUGCCAAGGAGAUCAUGUGGCAGGCAACCUGGGCUGCCCACAUGUGCUGCAAGCGGGGUGUUUUCCAUCGGGAUAUCAAGCUGAAGAACUUCUUCAUAAAAGCAGACACCCUGGACCUCAAGCUUGACAACUUUGGGUGCGGAGAGCUGCUUCAUAAGUCUGCCUACAAGACUUUUACAGGAACGAGAGAUUAUUUCUGCCCUGAGUUCUUCCGAACGGGCGAAUACUAUGGAAAGCCGGCGACGGUGUACUCGCUCGGGGUGCUGUUGUUUGCAAUGUUGCGCGGGAAAUUCCCCGACUGCAAUGACAGGAACUCGAUCUGGUCUGAAGACGGCUUGACUGAAGAAUGCUGCAGUUUGCUGGAAGACUGUCUCCAGGAGGAUCCAGAUAGACGAAUUCGUCUGAAAAAUAUAUUUAAACACAAGUGGUUCCAGGUCAAAGAUCCUGUUGACGGCCUCCAGACUCCCGUCCGCUCUGAAAACGAGGAUCUCAUUCUGUAUCGAGAAUUGAUGUCUAAAGUGGAGUUGGAGGAAAACAAUCCCGGUGUUGACGUUCAGGAAAUAAAUCGGAACCAGUAUGAAAUCGGCAAAAUGCUGGGGGAAGGCGGCUUUGGAAAAGUCUAUGAGGGAACCCGUGUGCAGGAUGGCUUGAAGGUGGCAGUGAAAAUUGUCUGGAAGAACGAGUAUGUAAUCAAUGAUUACAUCGACAUCCCGGGUUAUCCUGUACUCCUUCCUCGAGAGGUUGGUCUUCAAAUGCUGGCCUGUGAGGGAACAUAUGUUCCUUCGAUCAUCCAGUUACUGGACUGGGAGGACCGUCUGGACCACUACGUCAUGGUCCUGGAGCGCCCUUCUCCCUGUGAGGAUGUGUUGAGUUUCAUGAACCACUCAGGAGGCAAACUCGACGAGAAUACGGCGCAGGUUAUCUUGGGGCAAGCGACAGAAGCUGCUGAAAUCUGCUGCAUGCGGGGGGUCUUCCAUCGAGACAUAAAAGUGGAAAACCUCCUCAUUAACCCGAACACGAUGGAGGUCAAGCUGAUCGACUUCGGAUGUGGCGCUCUGUUUAAAAACUCGGCUUACACAGAUUUUAUGGGCACAGACGUCUACUUAUGCCCUGAGUUCUUCCUAACGGGCGAGUACUAUGCAAAGCCAGCGACGGUGUACUCGCUCGGGGUGCUGUUAUUUGUCAUGCUCUGCGGGAAAUUCCCUCGCAUUGAUGACCUGGACCAGAUCCAUGAGAGGAGGUGGUGCAAAGAAGGCUUGACUAUAGAAUGCUGCCGGUUGGUUGAGGAUUGUCUGCAAAGGAAUCCAGAAGAGCGGAUCCAGCUGGAAGAGAUCUUUGAGCACAAGUGGUUUAAGAUCAGCGAGCCUUAGGAAUGUAAUGAAUGGAACGUCAGGUGUUAGGACCAAUAGGGGUGUAUUCAUGACCUACAAAGUAUGUCAUGCGGCACACCGUUAAGUUGGUAAGUUGCCUGAUAACCUCAAAUUGUGGUUCCAAUGUAAAUAACCAUAGCAACUUCUGCUCCAGAGCAGGGCUCAAGAAAAUGAAUCUAUCACGCAAAAAACCUAGGACUAGUUUGAAUAAGUAGGUUUUGCAUUGAAGCUAGACACGUAACGCUUGACAUAUCAAGCGAUCUCUAAAAAAAAGUAAUAGUGGUGCAACAUAAAAAUAUUUUUAUUCACAUAAGAUAGAACUGCUUUUUUAUCUAGUCUGUGCAAAUCCAGCGUCAGGCUUUGCAUUGUUCACGAAGGAAUCCGUGGUGAAAUGAAGCCAGCAAACACUCAGUUUACCCACGUGAAAACAACGUUUUCAUUUCUCAAGUAAUUUCAAUACUUUACUACUGUAUACGUGCAGUACAGAAGCGUUUUGGCUCCAGUUAAAGAGGGUUAGACUUGGGUCAGAGCCGAUGGUGGAGCGGUUCGUGUUCUGACAUAUGGCGCCGGUGCGUCCCGGGCGACCCGAGUUAGAAUCCCGGCUCGUGGUCCUUUCCCGACCCCACCCCCUCUCUCAGCCACUUCGCUUCAUGUCCUCUCCAAAAAUUACUGUCUGUCCAAUAAAGGCAAAAAUAUAAUUUAUUGGUUAGAAUUGAUCAAUUGUUUAUUGUCAUACGAAAUUCUUCAAACUCAAGCUUGUCAAGCAUUCAUUUAGACUCAAUACAGUAAUUGUGUCGACAUCGCUAAUAUGAUUUAAUUUAAGGCAGAUGAAACGCACAUGAUCAGAACACAGCUUGUUCACUUGGAAAAAUAAAAACAGUGCGGCCUCUACUUAUUAUUAUUAUUAUUAUUAUUAUGAGGUACUCAUACUUCUGAUCAUAUUUUUUUCCAGGCACAUUUAAAAAAAAUCCUAACCACAUCAAUCUACUAUUAAUUGUGUUUAUAAUCAUUUAUAAGUGGUUUAUUAAUGGUUAACAAAGUCUUGGAGUGAGAAAUGAUAGACCAAAAAAAUUACCAAGAAGAAAAAAAAAUAUGAAUAAAUGCAUGCAUCCAUAAGUAAAUAAACACAGACAUUUAUAAUUAAAUAUCAAUUCAGGCAAAAAUAAAUAAAUAGAUAAAUAAAUACAUCUGUCAAAAAUAUUUACUUUGUACCUUUUAUUUGGAUGUUUUUCUGUGUCUGUAAGUUAAUGAGAUAGGCUGUCCUUCUCAAUGCAGGAUAGGGUAUUUGCACAUGUCACGUUACUGCGUUUAAGUAUCGCGAAGUACGGAUGGUGGCCAUGAAGUAUUUUCUGCUCUACCAAGGGAUCGCACAAUCUCAAAAUGCCUUAUUUUGCGUUGUUUAUGGUUGCCUAAAUCGGUUCUUAUUGUGUGGCAAACGUUGCUAUUCAUAAGGGUUAAAAUACAAGAUUGAAAAACACAGGAAAAGUGGCUUGUAUACUUGUCUGCGACGAGAUGAACAGAGUCUGACAAUAGGGUCUUUCUAACACGCAUUAAAUGCCUAAACAACGACAAGGAAAACACAACAUUCUAUCAAACCUUACUUGUAAUAAACUCUUGGUUCUGUCAAAACAACGAUUCCUCAAGGAUAAAUCUUACGUUAAGCAUUAAUCAUUUUAGCCUGAUUUCCCCAUUAGAACUAUAAGGACACCGCAUACCGUGGCUCAAGGCAGCUGAGAACAUAAAACGUUUCUGUUAUCGUGUUGAUUUGAUUUCAGUGAUAAACAAAUGUAUUUCAUUUGGUUUUCCAUGGUCGUUCUUUAAACCACGUUAGCUUGAUGUGAUAUUUAUCUGUAAGGGCUCGUUCUCUUGACAGAAGCUAUAGUUUAUUACAAAUAUCAAUCUAUGAGUCUCUUGAUUGUCCUCAAUAUGAAAAGAGGAAUCAACAUUACUGCUGGACAUGAGUCAAAUAUCCAGAAAUGCUGAAAAAGCAAAGAUUGUGGAGGACUUGGGUGAUUGUUUUGCAGAUCAGUGGACAGUCUAAUGACUCAUGACAAACAAGAAACCCUUAAACAACUAUGACUAAACAUAAAAACUGUCAUUGAUUGUUUAUGUAACAUCAUACAGUAUUAAAUGUUGCCAGCCUAUGCCAGCGUUUUUUAACAUUUUCAGCAAACUUUAAUGGCUCACAGUACAUUUUCUGUAAAGAUUAUAUGGACAAACAAAAUGUCCAAUGAAAGAACAGCGUCUCAGCUUUUAAACAAAAGAAACCGAAUAUCUUCAUCUUCAUUGGUCCGUUCUUUUAUCACUCCGUAGAUGUGGGUAGGUUUCUUCAAAAAUUCCUCAUUUUGAUCAAACAGCUGAGAUAAUUAAAGUUUUUUUUUCAAAGAUUCCGCCCAGAUUACACUCAGAACAAUCAUUAAAAACCUCUAAAACAUAUACGUUCUGGGAUUCUGUACUUUUUUCCAAAGGUGUGUAAAAGCGCCACCUGCUGUAAAACAGUACAAACACUGAUUGCUGUAAUAACUCGUCUUUGGCGGGGAACCGUUUUCUUUUAAAUGACGAGAUAACCCGUCAAUGGCGGUGAAAGAGUAAACAGGGUGGUGAGCCACACAGGAAGUCUUAGCAGUGAAGAUGAAAAUAGUUCAACUUUUCAGAAUGCCGCACUGCAUGAGAAAGCUGUACGGCUUGCUUUUUCCGCGCGGUUUUAGACGCAAAAUGUGUAUCGCCCUUCGUGCAUUUGACUGAUAAUGGACAGAGGUAUGAUCUUGUGUCUUCUGAAUUUGUCUAAUUGUGAGACCCAAACACGUGAGUUGGAGCAUUGACUAUGAGUUAUGAAUAAAAAAUCAAAUCAAAUGUUUAUUUAUCAUAAUUGUUCAUAAACGAAUUAAGAUGUACUUAAUGAUGUCCUUUUUCUCUAUAUUUCAGGUAAAGUUGAAGCCUUGAUAACAAAUGUUUGAAUUUCUGAACAGGUUUUGAUGGCAUUUUUGCUUUGCAGCUCUGAUGAUGUUUACCACCAACUGGCAUAAACUUUCAGGGCUUCUGUUAAAUAUGUAAUCUAGAUAUUUUCUGGUUUCUCGUGGACUUCAUUAUCUCAUAGUCCAUAACGUGCAGAAUGUUUUCGUGGCGCGAUCAGAGACAGAGUUUACUUUGCUAUGGUAUAAUGACAAUAGCAACUACGCCUAUAUAUUGAGAUGCAGUCAUCUAGUAUGACAGCGGAUCGAUUCAAAUGGAUUCAAGGUGGUGUGACGGUGACACAGCGUCAUCUCUCUCUCCUGGCACCGGAUACACAUUCACUGUGUUUGAAAGAACCUAGAGGAGUGGAUUCAACUUCACUACAGUAACGUGACUCUAUCUCUUCUUGUCAUUGCUAUUUUGUUCUUCUCUUUGUAAUGUAUUGUAUUUUUGUAUUUCAGCCCCGUUGAAUCUCAGAUGAGUGUCUACGUGACAAAGUGAUGAGUAUACAUAGUAAAAAGUUAUGUUUAUUAUCUUAGAAUGAGCUACUUCUAUCUACAUACACCGCGGGUCCACAAGUCACCAUGUUGUUUCUACAGUAGCCAUUAAUGGACAAACUGCUAUGCAGAACGGAUUUCAUAAAAUUAUUAUCGCCAUCAAAGCAAAAACAUGACAACAUUGUUCUGUGUCAGCCAACGUAGUGUUUUGAAAGGAUGGGGGAAGGGUCAACAUCACCACUAGAUGCAAAAUUUCAUACAUACACUGGACCUUUAAGUUGUUUACGAUUUUUAAAUUUACUUAUUUUUAUGAUCAAAAUUUAAAAUUCACACUUUUGCUCGCUAAUAUUUACUCUAUUGUCAGAUUUUUGUAUUUAUUGUUAUUGCUCACAAAUGAAGAAUUUAUUUAAGAGAUACCUAACUAUAUAAAAAUAAUUCACGUUUUCUUGUGUAUUUUUUUAGUUAUGGCUUAAAUCAAAACAAACCAACUGUAGUUUGAUAUUAAUUGGAAUGCACAACACAUUUAUUAAUUAUCUCUUUUUGAACCAAACUCUUCAAAUACAUGUUCUGCCUCAAGCUUGGAACUGUAUCGUAUGAUAAAACAAUAAAUAUACUUUUUUAAAGGUA